UCAGUCAUUUGCACUAAACAUCUCAUAAACACACAACAAAGAGUUCCUCAAUUAGUAGUUUAAUUUUUUCUCAAUGGCUAAUCCAGGUUUUGCUACAACCUUGGCUAUUUUUCUAACUUUUUUCACAUUUGUAACUUACACUGAGGGUGCACCUCGUCCUUUUUUUGUGUUUGGAGACUCACUAGUUGACAAUGGCAACAACAACUUCUUGGCAACUACUGCACGAGCUGAUUCUCCACCUUAUGGUGUUGAUUAUCCCACUCACCAACCUACUGGCCGUUUUUCUAAUGGCUUUAACAUUCCUGAUCUUAUAAGCCAACAGCUUGGUGCUGAGCCAACAUUGCCGUAUUUGGAUCCUGCUCUUACAGGAAAUAAGUUGCUGGUGGGAGCAAAUUUUGCUUCUGCUGGAAUUGGAAUUCUUAACGAUACUGGGAUUCAAUUUGUGAAUAUAAUAAGAAUGCCCAAUCAACUUCAAUACUUCCAACAAUACCAAGAUAGGGUGAGUGCACUUAUAGGAGAAGAACAAACUCAGAGGCUAGUGAAUGAUGCACUUGUCCUCAUUACACUUGGUGGCAAUGACUAUGUCAACAACUACUUCUUGACUUCAUUUUCCGCCAGAAGUAUUCAAUACAACCUCGAGGAUUACUCUCAUUUCAUUAUUGCCGAGUACCGCAAGAUUUUGAAGAGCCUACAUGAUCUAGGAGCUCGAAGAGUGCUAGUGACAGGAAGUGGAUCACUGGGUUGUGUCCCAGCUGAGCUAGCCUUUAGGAGUUCAAAUGGGGAAUGCGCAAAGGGACCUCAACAAGCAUCAGCAAUUUACAAUCCACUUCUUGUUGAAAUGAUUAAAAGUCUCAAUCAAGAACUUGGCUCUGAUAUCUUUGUUGCUGUCAAUGCCAUGGAAAUGCAGAAUGACUUCAUCACCAAUCCCCAAGACUACGGGUUUGUUUCAUCAAAGAUAGCAUGUUGUGGACAAGGACCUUACAACGGAAUUGGAUUAUGCACAGCUGCAUCAAAUCUAUGCCCUAACAGAGACGAAUAUGCAUUUUGGGAUAAUUUCCAUCCAUCAGAAAAGGCAAACAAGAUUAUUGUUCAAACAAUUUUUACUGGUUCUGAUAAGUACAUUACACCUAUGAACUUAAGCACCAUUAUGACCAUUGAUUCUGUGUAGUGUGUAGUAGUACUACUUAAGAAUUUGGUACCAAUAAAACAUGUAUUAUAUGUGCAAUGUUCUUCUAGGUUGUCGUGUUGUAUCGUUCAUCUGUUUAUGUAUCAGUGCUACUCUUAUAGGCUCAAAACUUUUGUAAUUUUGUUAAAUAGUA